UAUCAUGAUGCCAAUCAAUCUUGAGCCCCACCACGAGUUGUCAUUCGUUAAAUGACCCAACACGGAAGUAGAAACAUCGACAUGUGUUGAGCGAAAUGGUGCGACUGAAAUCCAGAUAUUUGCUGUGUGAAGUUUGCGUAUCAGAUCGACGCAAUCUGUCACUGCUAGAUGACCGCGCCAUCUACACUGCCACAAAAGCAGCAGUAGCUCGAGCGCACGGUGACUAUGGCGCUGCACUGUCCAGCCUCGGAUUCUCAGUGAAGUAUCUGAAUGCCCACACUGGAAUUGUGUUCCUGCGCUGUCGGAAGAGCCACUACAGACUCCUCUGGUCUGCAUUGCCAUUCAUCACCAGUCUAGAGAACCGAGGGCAAAGAGUGCCAUGUUUUCUGAACUGUUUGCAUGUGGGAGGAACGAUCCGGACAUGUCAGAAAUUUCUGGUCCGAUACAAUACUCAGCAGCUCCACCGGAUGCUCCCCCUCUGUCAGAGUGAAGCAGAGAGAUCAGAGAUCCGCAAGUCAGUACUGAGCUGCACCCUGAAAAAAGAGGCAGAUGAUGAAGAAGAGGAGGAUGAGUGACUCCAACAUCAUUCUGACGCUCUUGCUACUUGCAGUGUAUCUCACCUCUGGGAAGACACUGUUAAUCUCAAUACAGGUAGUUCUGUUACUGGGCUGAUGGAUUUCAUGACAGAAUAGAGCCCUCAAACUCAACUCUGGACCUCGAAGCCAGUUCUACGUUUUUCAUUGUUCACCUUUAAUUUAGGUGAGUGCAAUUAAUUCAGGUAGAACAGAAAACCAUGAGGCUCCGGACCUCGCAGGUUAAGAGUUGAAUACUCCUGGAAUAGAGCCUGGUGCUUCAAUGCAGCUGUUUGAGUGUGAAUGCAGAUCAGCUGUGAGCUCAUUAAAACAAAGCAAAUAAAACAUUGGACAUGUGUACAUAAAUAGUUUUGUUAUUUCUGCAAUGUGUAUAAUUAAUGUUACUUUCUGCACUGUUGUGUAUACAUUUUAUGAAAGCAAAAUAAUAAAAUCUCUUCUAGCAAGCCAACCAUUAGACCUUA